CUUGGCUGAGCACAGAGGUUGAGAGUAACAGGUACAGUGGCAACUGGCUGGCAGCGACGAGCGCUUCCUUUGUGGUACUGGCGUAGGCGUGACGCCAUGUUGUGAAAAGUGUCUGGCGAAAAGUGAAAAAUUCGCACGGAAAACUGCACUCGAACGUCGCGAAAAUAAACAAAAAACCCCAGAGCAAUCCAAAUUUAAAUUCAAAUUCUAGUUUACGAGAGGGUGGCAGCUGCUAGCGAGCCGAUGGCCAAACGAUUUGAAGGACCCGGUGGUGGGGCGAUGGCGGUGCUGCUGGUGGCAGCGGUGGUGGUGCAGUGCAUCCAGGCGACUCCGCAACGCACCGCCGCCUUUUCGCUGCAGGCGGCCGUGGACGAACUGCAUCGAAGGGAGGCGGCCAAGUAUCCACUGAACGCCCCACCGCCACCCAAUCUGGACGAGUGGGACGAAGAUGGCGAUUUGUUUGGCAAGAAUAGGAAUCGGAAUCGCCAUCGAGUUAAUAAGGCACUUGGCAAGUACUUAGAACGCGACGAGGACAACUACGGCCAGGAUCGCAACCUGGGACUGGGAUUGGGUCUGGGCCUGGGCCUGGGAUUCGAGAACGGAGCAGACGACUUGGGCGUCAAUAAUCUGCCAUUGGGCGAUGAGAAGAGAAAGCGCUUCUCCUCAUUUCGGGAACGUGACGAGCAGUUCGAUGGACCCGUUCCAUCGGCUUUCCGUGAGCGCGAGAACCAGCCAUUGAACGCAGAGCCCGCGCACAAUGAGCUGACGGAGCAGUUCCUGCGCGAGAUCGAGGAGGCCAGGGACCGUGAUGCAGUGCGUCAGUGGUGGCGCCAUCUGGACCAGGCCAAGAACCAACAGGAGCCGGAGCCCCAGGACGCCGAGCUGUUCGAGCAGAAGAAGCGGAUGCGAGUGCCGCCCUACUACCUGCUGAUGCAGAAGAAGCGCUCCUACCCGGUCCUCCCGUGGCUGCCCUACAACGGCGACAAGAGGAAGCGCUUCCCGGUGGCCAAGAGGAGCACCACCAACUCAAACCCGGAGUCGCCGCUGGGCAGGACCGAUGAGCGAGUGGCCCAGGAGCUGAGCGAGUUGUUUGGCAAGCCCAGCGAGACCCAAUCGCACGCCGAGGAGAAGCGCAAGCGAUCGGCGGACGAGGAGCCGAAAACCGCCAGCCAUCAGCCGGAAUCUCCGCCAGCCACGGCCACCGCCUUGGGCGACAUGCGGCUGGAGAUCAACUUCCAGCGGGUGAACGUCACUGCCAAGGAAGCCUCCACAUCCGCUCCCCCGACGGCUGGCGAAAUGGUUCAGCACGGCGGACACGCCGGUCACCACGGUGGUCAUGUGCCGGGAAUGUCACCCGAGUACCGCCACCGCAAGCGCAGUGACCACUCCGCGCAUGGCGAGAACGUCGAGGAUCCGGAGGCGGAUGAGCACGACGAGGAGGGCGAGGAGAGCUCCGACGAGGACGAUCAUGAUGAGUUCGACGAGGAGGAUGGCGAGGGCGACUUGGAUGGCGAUGAGGCCGAGGAGCACCGGCGCAAGAAGAAACGGGCUGCUGCCAGUCUGUCCGGCAGCAGUGGUGGCUCCAAACACCUUCGUGCCCCCACUGUAGGCCACCUGAUGCUCCGGGCCAAGAAGUCCAUCGAUUGGUCGCAGUACUUUGGCUUGGAUCGCAAGAAGAAGUCCGCCCAGAAGAAUGAGGAAUUCAAGAAGCGGAGCGAGACGGACAGCAGUGGCAACAAUGAUGACAACGACGAGGAUGAGAGCCCCGAGGAGGAGAAGAAGAAGCGCGACUUGGAUGUGGAGAAACUGGACAGCAUGGACAGGAAGCUGCAGUCCAUCGAGGACUUCAUCAUCGACGAGACCAUCAAGUACACGGGUGCCCACGAGGGUCUGAACAGCAAGGAGGAUAUCCGCAGGAUUAAGGACCAUGUCCUCUCCCGCUUGGCCACCGCCUACAGCUUGGAGAAGAUGCGUCGGGCUCUGGACAAGUUGAGGAGGUCGGUGGAGAACGACAACCACCUGAUGCGCAAUGCCAUCGAACCGGAAUCGGAGGAGAACGCCUUGGACUCCAACUACUGGCAGGCCAAGAAGUCCGUGAAGAAGGAUCAGGCCGAGGAUCUGGCAGAGGAUGAGAAGCCUCCGAAGGACAUGGAGAAGAAGAAGCGCAGUGGCUACUUGCGCUAUCCGGAGCAGCCAAACACUAUGGAGGAGGCUCUCAGCCUGGGCAGUGCUCCAUACGAGACCCUGAACGACGCCUACUUGGGCAACAAGAACUACAUCGUGGGAUCCAACCAGUGCCCCAUCAUCGAAUCGAUGGCGGAGCGUUGUCGCGGCGUUGAUCUCAUCUCCGGGGACAUCAAUCAAGAGCUCUUGCCACUCUGCGGCGUUCACCAGAUAUGCUACUUAUGUGGCGCUUCCCAGGUGGCCUGCGACUAUCAGUAUUUGGCGGAGGCGGACGGCGUGUGCGGCGAUAGCCACGAGUGCCAGUCGGCGGCCCGCUCCAUCCUGAUGAUCCUGCGCGGAUCGCCCGGACGGCAACUGGGUCCGCGGGAGUGCUUGAAGAACCCCUGCUUGUACAGGGCCAUGAGGGAGAUCGGGCUUUAAGCGGACUGUGCCGGACUGCCGCCCAGAGUUUUCCUAACGUCUUUUUGUGUGCGUUUAAAAAGAAAAAACAAAAAUCGAAUAUCGAAAAAUUGGAAAAAUGGAAAUAAGAAAAUAAUGCCGUAAUGCAACCCAGAGAGAGAAGAUUUAAUAUGAGCCCAAACAGAAACAAAAUACAAACCAUGCUGAACUGGCGAAAAUCAAACCAAUUGAUUCCAAACUAAACAGUCGUCGCAUAUAAAGACAUAAUAUUUUGAUGGAUUUUCCUGUCUGCCUUUCGGGGCAGCAGCAGCCAACUAGAGUUUACCAGAUACCUAAAGAGAUACAUCUAUAUAUAUAUAUAUACAAUUUCGAUUCUGUUCAUCGCAGUAGGCGCCCGAAUGUGGCCCGAUUUAUUUCGUUUUAAGUGUUUAGUGGGAAAUAACAUUUUUCGAAACAUAUUUGCAAGUUUUAUGAAUGUUUAAGUGUACAAACGUGAUCAUAACCGAAACAUAUGCGUAACCAAACAAACAAGUAUUUAAUCCUCAACCAGCUUCAAGUAAUUUGUUUCGCUUCGACAUCUUACGGAAAGCAGAGCUCACAUUGGCAGCUACUCCUCCAAAGUCAUCGCUAGAAUGCUUCCAUUCGGUUCGACUUGGAUGUGCAUAUAUAUCACCUAUAUCGCAAAACAACACAUUACACUUAUAACGAUUUUAGCCUACACCGAGGAAUGAACUAUCUGUGCGAAACUCACUGGCAGAGUAACUAACUAUCAGAGACUUCUCUCUCCCCGCAUUACUCUUCUACAGAUGAACAUAUACAUAAAUGUGUUUCAACGUGCUUACAAUAAAUGGACAUAACUAAGACAAAUAUUUAAAACUCUAACAAAUCUAUAGAUGUGAUUAUUAAUAUACAAGGAGUUUAAUAAAUGUAUAAAUCUUUUAGGGCAGCAUAUACCAAUCUGAACAGCAGCAAGACGUUUGGUUGCAAAAUCAAAAUAUUAUAUUAUAUUACAGUUUGAAAAACAAAACAAAAAGAACGUAUUUGAAAAUAUUUAUUGCUAUACAGUUAUCAUAAAUGUCGAAUAUAAAUAUAUCGGGGAAAUCCCAUAAAACAAUUGUGUUUUACUUGGGGUUUGCUUUUUUGUUAAGCUAGCUGGAGAUUGUCUGUCAUUCGUAAAACAUCGUUUUAAAUGUUUUCACAAAAUCAUGAGCAUCAAAGUCACUCCUGCAUAAUGGAUCCUUCUACACAGGCUGUUGUUCCUUUGGGACGCAAAGAUAAUAACAUCCUCUUUCGAAGACGCAUUUCCUUUCCCAUUUACCGGCGCCCUGGACUACAGAACAGAUCAGUUUCCUCGUCAUUUACUGCAAACUAUCUCAGGAAUGUCGAAAAAACAGUAAUGGACUAGCGUAAUAAUUAUAUUUAUUUAUCUCUCAUAACAUUAAACUCAUCAUAUAAAAUA